CUCCGGGGCAGCAGGCAAAGCAACACAGAGAAUCGGGCUGGCAGCGAGGGGGAAAAGUAAAACGGCCCCCCCGGUUGUCGACUAGGUGUCGAUUGGGGGCCACUAACCCAAAGUAGAAGCACUCAGACAGGAGCACUCAGACAGGAACAUUGAAAACCUCUCUUUUAUCAUAUCUGAAAUCUUCUAUUCUGAAAUUUCAUCCGUCCAUUUUUAUUUUUUGACCAUGCGCCGAAGGCUAAUCUCUCACAGGAUGGUCAUUGGCAUCCCUUGUGUUUUAUUAAUCUCCGUCUUUACCAUUCAUCGAUUCUACGAUGGAAGGUAUGACCACCUUGCUAGCUUGAGUAAGGAGAGUCACCAUCAAGCCUGUCGUAUAUGGCCAGAAUGGGAUGCUUCAGACCGUGGAAAUCUUCGCUAUGAUGAUUAUAACAGCAAAGAGGCACAGCCGCCUUCGGUAGGCGAUGCAAAGAUUUUGGGAAAUCCGGAUGUCUGCCUAAAGGCCGAAUCGCGACUUGAUGUGUAUCGCAUGUCGCCGACGGAAGAUUAUGACUGGAAUACAGUGCAAUGGGGUUACGUCCAGAAACGUUGUGCUGCAGGCAAUCAACAUCUCUACAUCGACGAGAUAAGUACCAACAGCGCACGUAACCACGAUUUAUGGCGCCAACCACCAUCCCCCGCCCAGACGAGUAUCCAACCAAAGCAGAAAGGAGGACGCACAGCGGUCGUCCUCAGAACAUGGGACAACUACGAAUACACCGAUGGCCGACGGGCUUGGCUCCGAGCCUUAAUCACAGAAACUGCUCUGCAUUCGGCCGGUCACUACGAAGUCUUCCUUCUGGUGAAUGUGAAGGACAAUACAAUAGAGCUCGAGGAAAAUCAGGUGGCUUAUAAGCAGGCACUCCAAGCAUACGUCCCGGAAGAAUUUCGAGACAUGGCCGUGUUGUGGAACGAAAGGACGGUUGAGAAGUGGUACCCAGAAGUCGAGGAGCAUGGUGCGCAAAACCAGAUGUACCAGGCACUGCAGAUCUUCUCGCACCAAUUUCCACACUUUACCCACUUUUGGCAGCUAGAAAUGGACCUACGUUUCACUGGCCAUAUUUAUGAUAGUCUGGAAAAUGCCGUUGCAUUCGCUGAAUUACAACCACGGCGCAACCUCUGGGAGCGUAACGGUCGCUUUUACAUCCCGGAACUGCAUAAUGGAUCCUACGAUGCUUUCACUAAGGCCGUCGACGAUGAGAUUGGCGACUUGGGUGUCUGGGGACCUAUUGUGACGACAAACUUCAUGCCUAAAGGCCCCAAGCCACCUCCUCGUUCGGAGAAAGAUUGGGGCGUUAACGAAGACGCCGAUGUUAUCAGUUUAUUUCCAGACAUAGACCCUAUCGGAACUGACUGGAUCUACGAAACGAUGAUUCAUGGCUUUACUGACGGGCUAGCAACUCCUCGUCGAGCUUCCUUUGUAAGCAUUACACGCUCCUCGCGUCGUCUCCUCCAGCUUGUCAGCGAGGCACAACGUGAAAGCGGUCAGUGGCUUGCCAGUGAAGCAACGCUGGAGACUCUUGCAUUGCUGCAUGGCUUGAAAGCAGUGACGAUACCCCACCGAAUCAUGUUUGCGAACAAUUGGACAGUCCAGCAAUUUGUUGAAAAUAUCGACCGUGGUCCACCGCGUAACAAGGCUGGCGGAUAUGGGAUUUCAUCAUCUUAUACGACUCAUGGAUGGGUUCCGGGACCUUGGUCGCAAUCAAGUUAUUGGUUUGCACACAAUGAUGCAGAUAACCAGUGGCGUACGUAUCUUGGUGGGGAUUGUUUGCCGCCACUCUUACUACACCCCGUCAAAGAUGAGUAACUUCUUGUUUUACGGUUGUUUACUCUCGGUAAAGAUUGGUUGGAGUAAGGCUAAAAGUCAAAUUUUCUAUUCUGUAUAUCUGAUGGACAUCCGCAAAAUCUGAGGAGAGAAAGAUUUCUCCGCGAAAGAGGGGACGUCGAUGUUUUUGGUGGAUGAACACCAUCAGCGUUCGCCCAGUGUGUCAAAUGAUUAGGUUUGAGUUGAUUAGACCCCCCUACUCAAAUCAAAUCAAGUAAAAAUCAAGC